GUGCGUACCCGGAACCAUAGAAGGGGGAAGACUUUAACAGUGGGACACCGGUGUAAAGAUGGCAGACGUACCAGAUAAUGCUCCUGAACAUUGCCCAGGUACAUCUAGUGAACAAGCAGGAAAGUCCGCGUCAUGUCAGGGCUGCCCCAACCAGAAUCUGUGCGCUUCAGGAGCCACCAAGGCCCCCGACCCUGCGAUAGCAGAGAUAGGACUGAAGCUGUCGACGGUCAAACACAAGAUCCUGGUUUUGUCGGGGAAAGGAGGAGUUGGGAAGAGCACCUUCAGCGCUCACCUGGCCCACGCUCUGGCCAGCGACAGCUCAAAGGAGGUCGCCCUGCUGGAUGUAGAUAUCUGUGGUCCAUCCAUUCCCAGGAUCAUGGGCUUGGAGGGAGAACAAGUUCACCAGAGCGGCUCAGGCUGGUCUCCUGUGUGAGUGAGUGACUGAGUGAGUGAGUGAGUGUUGAACCACUGUAACCUGUGUCCGUGUCCAUCAGGGAUGAUCAAGCAGUUUUUGAGGGACGUUGACUGGGGGGAGUUGGAUUACCUCAUUGUGGACACGCCCCCUGGUACCUCUGAUGAGCACCUGUCAAUAGUCCAGUACCUCAGCUCCACCCAUGUUGAUGGAGCGGUCAUCAUCACCACACCACAGGAGGUGUCGUUGCAGGAUGUGCGGAAGGAGAUCAGAUUUUGUCAGAAGGUCAAGCUGCCAAUCAUCGGAGUGGUGGAGAACAUGAGUGGCUUCGUCUGUCCCAAAUGCAAGAACACGUCACAGAUCUUCCCUCCCACCACUGGAGGUGCUGAGCAAAUGUGUGCAGAUCUAAAUCUACCUCUGCUGGGAAAGGUGCCUCUAGACCCGAGGAUAGCACGGAGCUGCGACGAGGGCAAAUCUUUCCUCAGUGAAGUACCUGACUCUCCUGCUGCUAAAGUCUACCACAGCAUUGUGCAGAGUAUCCAGGACUACUGCUCCAGUCAUGUGACAGAGGAGCAGGGCGCCACCUGAAGACACAGUG